AUGCCUUCCAGCAAGAAGAAGCCCCAGCAACCCGCACAGGGGGAACCCUCCAACCCAACCGCCCCCGCAGUCGAAACAACAGAUCCCCAGACCAACAAGCCCAACAUCGUCGACAUCCACACCCAUAUGUACCCUGUCUCCUACAUCAAGCUUCUCGAAUCCCGCAACACCAUUCCCCUCAUCCGGUCCUUCCCUGGCCACCCUGAACCUCGCCUCGUCCUCCUCCCCUCUGAGGUCCCCCUCCUUUCCAACCCUUCCCCAUCCCACCCCCCAGGACGCCCCCUGACAGAAGCCUACACCUCCCUCGACGCCAAGAUCGCCUUCAUGGACAAGCACAACAUCUCCAUCUCGGUCCUCUCCCUCGCUAACCCCUGGCUCGAGUUCCUCUCCACCUCCCCCGACCCCUCAUCCCUCUUGGAACCCGCUCUCAGAAUCAACGUCGAGUUCGAAGUCAUGUGCAAUCAACACCCCGGCCGGCUCUACUUUUUCGGCGUCCUCCCCCUCCACCCCGAAAACACCUUGUGCGCACUCCCGUUGGUUCUCUCCAUGAAGAUGAAAUUCAAACACUGCCGAGGUGUCAUCAUCGGCACCAAUGGGCUGGGAAAAGGUCUCGAUGAUCCGGACAUGGAGGACGUUUUUGAAAUGUUGGAGGAAGAUGACCUGCCAAUAUUUCUUCACCCGCAUUAUGGGUUGCCAAAUCAGGUGUUUGGAGAGAGGGCGGAGAAGGGGGAGUACGGGCAUGUGUUGUCGUUGGCGUUAGGGUUCCCGAUGGAGACGACGGUGGCGGUGUCGAGGAUGUAUCUGUCGGGCAUGUUUGACAAGUUUCCCAAGCUAAAAGUCAUUCUGGCGCAUGGGGGUGGGACGUUGCCGUUUUUGGCGGCGAGGAUUGAGAGUUGCAUUCGGCAUGAUGGGUAUUUGCACAAGAAGGAGAAGGAAGGGCGUGGGAAGAUCAAAAGGUCAAUAUGGGAGGUGUUGAACAGUCAGGUGUAUCUGGAUGCGGUGGUGUAUGGGGAGGUUGGACUGAAAGCGGCGAUUCAGGCGUCGGGAGAGAGAGGGGUGGAGAGGCUGAUGUUUGGGACUGAUCAUCCCUUCUUCCCACCGUUAGAGGAAGGGGAGGAGGAAUGGGGGAGUGUGGUGAUGAAUACUGAGGCUGUGAAUAAGGGGCUGGGGGAGGGGAGCAAGGAGGCGAGGAUGGUGUUGGGGGAGAAUGCGAUCAAGAUUUUGAACUUGGAGAAACCCUGA